ACUAACGAAGAAAUUGUUAUAUAAAGGAAGUAACGAACCAAAAAAGAAUUCUUUCGGAAUGGGAGAAGAAAGCACAACAACAUCUGGUUUAUAUUGUAAAUUCUACACUCACCGCGUUUUCUUUAUACGCGAGCGGAGAAGUUUUUAUUUUACGUAACGGUGAACAACGAUUUUAUUCUCGAUGACUCAUUCGAAACAGGUUAGAUAAGGUUAAAAAGGAUGAAAAAGUCAUUAGAAAAAAAAAUACUUAAGAAAAUACGUUGUAAAAUGAAACGAAACGAAACGGCCAGAUGGAAAUCCAGGAGAAAAGUUCUCAUGGAAUGGAAAGACGGGGUGGCAAUCGUUUGGUUUCCGAGUUUCCCAUUGGUACACGCUCGUCUCCUAUUAAUAAGUAAAAAGAUAGUUGAAACGGACCUUAAAUCGAAUAAAAGGACCUUUCACUGACGUCCAGGUCCUUGAUAUUGAAGGAUGUUGGUGGUGCGGCGUGGUGCGUGAGCAACUCAUUUUAAAAAGACGAUCUUAAAAAAAAUCUUAUCAAGAUGAUGAACUUUAAAGUUACGGGCCUUGUGGCCGAUUUGAUGCCCAACAUCCGUUUGAUGCAAGCAUCGGGGCACUUCAUGUUGAAUUAUUACGCCGACAACAACGGUGCGUUGCAUACUUUGCGUCUUGGUUAUUGUUUUAUGCAUCUCUUCUUGGUUUUGCUUCAAUACGGAUUCACCUUUGGAAAUCUCGUCCAAGAAAGCGACGACGUCAACGAUUUGGCUGCGAAUACAAUCACGGUGUUGUUUUUCACCCAUUGUUUGACCAAGUUCGUUUACUUCGCGUUGAGAUCGAAAUUGUUUUAUCGAACUUUGGGGAUUUGGAACCAAGCCAACAGUCAUCCUUUAUUCGCUGAAUCCAACAACAGAUAUCAUGCUUUGGCUUUGACGAAAAUGAGGAGAGUUUUGGCUAUUGUCGUCAUUGGAACUUUAGCAAGUUGGAUUGCAUGGACUACAAUAACAUUUUUCGGGGACAGCACCCACACUCGCAAAGAUCCCAACAACGAAAACGAAACGAUAACCGAAGAAAUCCCCCGCUUACUAAUAAAAUCAUUUUACCCAUGGAACGCAAUGUCCGGAAUGAAAUACUAUAUCUCCUUAUCCUACCAAGUCUACUACGUUUUAUUCUCGAUGCUUCACUCCAACCUCCUCGACGUCCUAUUCUGCUGUUGGUUAAUAUUCGCGUGCGAACAACUCCAACACUUAAAAGAAAUCAUGAAACCCCUGAUGGAACUCUCCGCCACCUUGGAUACUUACGUCCCGAAGAGCGCCGAUUUGUUCCGCGCGCCGAGCGUUAAUUCUCAGGAUAAUUUAAUUGAUAACGACGCCUUGGAUUAUAACAAUAUGAAGAAUGACGAGCUAAAUUUGAAAGGGAUUUAUAGUACUCAUCAGGAGAUGGGGAUUAAUUACCGUGGGGGUAAUUUGCAACAAUUCGAUAGUGGUGGUGGGGGAAUUGGACCAAAUGGGUUAACUAAAAAGCAGGAGUUGUUGGUUCGAUCUGCGAUUAAGUAUUGGGUUGAACGACAUAAACACGUCGUUAGAUUGGUAACUGCAAUUGGAGAUGCGUACGGAAUCGCGCUUCUCCUUCACAUGUUGACAGCUACUAUCACUUUGACUUUGUUGGCUUAUCAAGCCACUAAGAUUGAUAGUGUUUCAAAGUAUGCCUUAACCGUUUUGGGGUACUUAUUUUACGCCUUGGCCCAAGUUUUUCUAUUUUGUAUCUUUGGAAACCGGUUAAUUGAGGAGAGCUCCUCAGUUAUGGAGGCGGCGUAUAGCUGUCAUUGGUACGAUGGAUCUGAGGAGGCAAAAACUUUCGUGCAAAUCGUUUGCCAACAGUGUCAAAAGGCCAUGUCGAUUUCCGGGGCGAAAUUCUUCACGAUUUCGUUGGAUUUAUUCGCUUCGGUGUUAGGAGCGACCGUUACCUACUUCAUGGUGUUGGUGCAACUCAAAUAAAUCAUUAAUGGUAAGCGACAAAAAUUAAUUAAUA